GACUAAACGUUCUCUCACGACGGAAGAGACCGCGGGGGCGCCGGUCGCCAUGGAGACCCCCGACGUGCCAGUGGGCAACCUGAUAGACCUGGACACGGAGCCCCUGGUCGUCAUGGCGGUGGAGUGCGCGCCUUCGCUGGACGUGGACGAGAUCCUGUCACUGGAAGUGAACCCGCCUGAGAACGGCGACCGGGAGGAGGAGAUCGAGAGCGACGCCACCGAGUCGGCCGACAGCGAGAACGACAUGGUGUCGCCGAGCCGCCACAGCUGGAACCACUCCCAGAGGUCCUCCUCCGAGUCCUACUCGUCCAAUCAGAGCACGGAGUCCGCCCAGGACGGGCAGAUGGCGGAGCAGAAGGAGUUCAUCCGGAAUUACGUGGAGAAAAUCUUCACAGGCGGGGAGGACGUGGACCAGGAGGAGAAGGCGAGAUUCGGGGAGCUCUGCAGUUCCGAGAACGGGAAAGGACGAGAAUGGUUCGCCCGCUUUGUCAGUGCUCAGCGCUGCAAUUCGAAGUGCGUCUCGGAGCAGACCUUCUACCGGCUGGUGCAGUCCUUCGCGGUGGUCCUGUUUGAAUGUCACCAGAUGGAUGAUUUUGGUCCUGCCAAGAACCUGAUGACGAUGUGCUUCACGUAUUACUACAUCGGUGAGAGCUCCGCCCCNNNCACCGAGUCGCGGGAGAAGCCGGUCAGCACCGGCAGCAUCGACGCCUACUUCAAGUCCGCCAACAGCUGGCUGGCAGAGAAGAAGGACAACGUGGAGCGGCUGCUGAGGACCACCUCCGUCACCACCGAGAACAUGAAGGGGUUCUUCGGGGGGCUGGAGAGCAAACUCAAGGGGCCGCCCCCCAAGAAAAAUGGCCAAUCGGAAGACUCUCCGAGAGAGAAGCCGUCCAAUGACAUUCCCCUGCAGAGUCCCGAUGACAAGAAGGGGGAGAAGAUUUACCUGUACUCCCAUCUGAAGCAGCAGCCAAUCUGGAACACGCUGAUAGUAGUAGGGAGCAGAGUGACAGAGAGAUCUUCUGCUUCACUUGGCGGUCUCAGAUUGGGGGGAGGGGGAGGGACUGCGGGGGAGGAAGAGGAGAGAGAUAAAUGGUAUCACAUGACGCAGGAGGAGCGAGACGACAGCCUGCAAUUCAACGAGAACAUCACCUUCGGUCAGCUCGGGACGUUCACACACAACAUGUUGGCGUUCGGACUCAGUAAGAAGCUCUGCAGCGACUUUUUAAAGAAGCAAGCCGUAAUCGGGAACCNNNUUGCAGAGAAAUAUAAACAGCUGACGGAUCACAUCGAGCAAAUGGCGGCGGAGUAGCGCAGGGGGAGGAGCCGGCGCCCCCGACACACAUCUCAGUAUUUUACCAAGAGGGAAUGGCUGACGAUCUGCAUGCCGCCGUCCUAUCGCUGCCCUUCUCCGGAGACUGCCAUCUUUGUCUGUGAGGACAGGGGGCAGG